AUGUCGGAACAAAACGUUGACUCAAAUAAAUACAGUGAGGUGCGAAGUAUCUUUAAAUACGACAUCGAUAUAUAUAAUGCAUUGUAUCAGCUGAAAACGGAAAAUGAAGAAGAUUUAAACUCAAUUUACAAACUGAUCAAAACAGAAUUGAUUGAUUCAAAGAAAUACCCACCAAAAAGGAUUAUGGAAGAUAUUUUAAAUAUCAUUCUGUAUAAUAAUCGCUAUACAAAGUCAUAUUUAACUCUUGCCAAACUUAUAUCUGAUGAUUAUCAUGUCGCAGAGACCAACGUGGUUAAAUUUAUAUCAGACUUCCUGUUUUAUAAGGAAUAUGGAAUUAUAUUAGAUAAAUUUGAUGAUUUCAAAAAAAUUAACCCAGAAAAUCUGGAUAUUCAUACAGAAAAUACAGUUUACAGAGCAAUUAUGAAUAAUGACCUAAAAGCAUUCAUCCAAUUCACUGAAAGAGAAGAAUUUGAUGAAGAUCAAAAACUUGAAAGUAGUUUAUAUCCAUAUUCUGAAGAAGGAUAUUCAUUACUUGAAUUAUGUUGUUACCAUGGAGCAGUUGAUUGUUUCAAGUUCUUAAGAACGAAAUUCAGCUCAGAAAUAACUGAAAUAUGUCUUCAAUUUUCAUUUUUAGGUGGAAAUCAAGAGAUCAUGAGUGAAUGUUUGAAAAAUCAAACACCAGAUGAAGAUUGCAUGAUAUACGCAAUUAUUUCGCACCAAAUUGAUUUUGUUACAUUCUUGAUGAAUGAAUUCAAAAUAGAGAUCGAUUUAUCUGAUUGCGGAUUGUAUAAUAAUCUUGAAUCCUUUUUAGUUUAUUUCGAUCAAACAAAUGAUAUUAACAAAUGCUUUUUUAAAUCUGUGAUUUUCAACAUUCCAUCUGUUUGUGAAUAUUUCCUUUCAAAUGGUGCAAAUAUCAAUGAAAAAGAUAAUGAUGGAGAUACUGCUCUUCAUAUUGCAGCAUGGUAUAAUAGUAAAGAAACAGCCGAACUUCUUAUUUCACAUGGUGCAAAUAUCAAUGAAAAAGAUAAUAAUGGAAAGACCGCUCUUCAUAUUGCAGUAGAAAAUGAUCAUAAAGAAACAGUUGAACUUCUUAUUUCACAUGGUGCAAAUGUCAAUGAAAAAAAUGAUGAUGGAAUAACUGUUCUUCAUAGUGCAGCAUAUUUUAAUAGUAAAGAAACAGCCGAACUUCUUAUUUUUCAUGGUGCAAAUAUCAAUGAAAAAGAUAAUGAUGGAAGAACUGUUCUUCAUAGUGCAGUAUAUUUUAAUAGUAAAGAAACAGCCGAACUUCUUAUUUCACAUGGUGCAAAUAUCAAUGAAAAAGAUAAUGAUGGAAAGACCGCUCUUCAUAUUGCAGUAGAAAAUGAUCAUAAAGAAACAGUUGAACUUCUUAUUUUACAUGGUGCAAAUGUCAAUGAAAAAAAUAAUGAUGGAAUAACUGUUCUUCAUAGUGCAGCAUAUUUUAAUAGUAAAGAAACAGCCGAACUUCUUAUUUCACAUGGUGCAAAUAUCAAUGCAAAAAAUAAUGAUGGAAGAACUGUUCUUCAUAGUGCAGCAUUUGGUAAUAGCAAAGAAACAACUGAACUUCUUAUUUCACAUGGUGCAAAUAUCAAUGAAAAAGAUAUUUAUGGAAAGACCGCUCUUCAUAUUGCAGUAGAAAAUGAUCAUAAAGAAACAGUUGAACUUCUUAUUUCACAUGGGGCAAAUAUCAAUGAAAAAGAUAUUUAUGGAAAGACCGCUCUUCAUAUUGCAGUAGAAAAUGAUCAUAAAGAAACAGUUGAACUUCUUAUUUCACAUGGUGCAAAUGUCAAUGAAAAAAAUGAUGAUGGAAUAACUGUUCUUCAUAGUGCAGCAUAUUUUAAUAGUAAAGAAACAGCCGAACUUCUUAUUUUUCAUGGUGCAAAUGUCAAUGAAAAAGAUAAUGAUGGAGAAACACCCCUUUUUAAUGCAGCAAUGAAAAAUAGAAAAGAAACGGCGGAACUUCUUAUUUCACAUGGUGUUAAUAUCAAUGCAAAAAAUAAAUAUGGAAAAACCGCUCUUCAUGAAGCAGCAUAUUUUAAUAGUAAAGAAACAGCCCAACUCCUCAAAUCACAUGGGGCAAAAAACUAA